CAAAAAACUUCGGAUCCCUUAAAUGUGGAAGCUAUACGAGAAGUAAAGCAAUCAUUAAGCAUACCCCUCAUAGCCAAUGGUAAUGUAAAAUCCUGGCAAACAGCCUGUGAAUUAUAUGAACAAACUAAAGCAGAUGGUAUAAUGGCGGCUCGCGGUUUACUAGCAAAUCCUGCUUUAUUUAAUUCCAGCUAUCCACAUACAAGCACGUCUGCACCAUUGGAUUGUGUACAAGAUUGGUUGAAUAUAGCAGCCGAGGCAGGAGAUAAUUUACAGUUUUUAUGCUUUCAUCAUCACUUGACCUUUAUGUGGGGCUGUAAUUUAAAACGUAAACUACGUUUGGAAUUCAAUACCUUUACGAAAAAACAACAAAUUUUGGAUUUUUUCUAUGACAACUAUAAUGUUAAACCUGCAGCCGAAUUUCUAAAUAAUCCCUUGAACUAUACUGAUUGUACGUAUACGCAUACCAACAGUACGCAAGAACUGACUACGGAAUCUUGGAAUUCAAAUACAAAUGGUAAAUUCUUUAAUGAAUUUCAACAGGAAUUAGAUGCGGAAGCUGAACAUGAUGAUUGUGAUUUAGGUAGUAGUUUUUUUUGCAGAAAUUUAGAAAAUAACUUAGUUUUGUAAGUUUCAACUGACAGAAAAGUUUGGCAAAUAAAUAAAAAUAUUAAUAGUUUUAUGUAAUUUUUUUAAAUUAAUAAACAAAAUAAAUUUAAAAUUUUUGAAAUUCUUCCACU